AUGGCAAGGAUAAAAACAUCCAAAUUUUUUCAGUUGUUUAUAUUUUUCUAUAUCUUUCUAGAUGUUUCUGCAGAAGACCCCACCCUCUCAGCUACAGUACUCGGCGGUGACCUUGAACCAUUUGAUAUCCCAUUAGAAGAGCUGGAAAAAGACACGAAGCAAGUCACAACUCUAUCUGAACAAUGCAAACGAUUUGUCAAUCAUUAUAGGUACUACUGUCGAUCCUCCAAUAUUGCCACUUAUAACGAAGAAGUCCGAAUCAUUUGUGAACGAUAUCGAAAUUAUUGCUCAGAUCGUGUCUAUCCGGCAAUUAAUCAUAUCCGUCGUCAAACGAAGUUCUGGGAAGGUGCUGGCGUACCCAAGGCAACGAUCAAAGCAAUGUCCACGUGCUACUCGCAUUGUAAGGAGACCGAUCCGGUAUGCGUCAACGCGUGCGAGUGCCUUCACCUUCAGUGGAUGAUGAACUACGAGUGCUAUCCGGGAACACGUGCUCCAGCAUACAACAAUUGUCAGAGAUGGGCGGCUAAAUGUCGAACCGUCUGGAAGCCCCGUCAAGACUACACACCUGCCGAUUAUCGCGACAUGGCACCACCGCCAAUCGUUCGAGGCGUUUUCUAUGGAUAUGACGGACUGGCUACUCAUCGGACCUUCGACCGCCCACGCGAUCACGGAGUCUCAUUCUUCCGCGGGACGAAUACGGUACUGGUGGAUUGGCCGGAAGGAAAAGUGGCCGGUGGAACGACGAUCGAAGUGCCGUUCGCAGGUGUCAAUGUUAUUCCAAAUCAAUAUAAUAUCGGAUUCCCGAAUAUGCAGAGAGCAAUGCGGGAGUUUACAAAACAAAACCCCGACCAACUUAACCCGGGAACCGGUCGAAUGUCUGCACUGGCCAUGAUGCAAAGAACCUGA